AUUGCUGUGAACCUCUGUUGUUAAUCCAGUUUUUGUUUUCAUUUUGCAACAGGCUUAUCGAUAAUUAAAAGUGCCCUUUGUACCGGCGAUACAAAGAUAAUUCCUCACUUAAACAGCCAAUACAUGAGAUAAAGACGUCUCACAGCCGAAUUGACAGUUGAUUGCUUCGGUAUCCGAAUUGCAGAGAACAAGUUUAUAUCACAGCAAGUCUCUAACCAUAUAUACAGAAAAUGUCUUCAGCUGCGAAAUUGCGAUUUGAUGGCCGUGUGGCGAUUGUUACCGGCGCUGGAGCUGGCCUCGGACGGGAGUAUGCAUUGCUGCUGGCAUCGCGCGGCGCCAAGGUGGUGGUCAACGAUCUAGGCGGCAGCCAUGUGGGCGAGGGCGCCUCUCAGCGGGCAGCCGAUGUGGUGGUCGAGGAGAUUCGUAAGAACGGCGGCGAAGCAGUCGCCGAUUACAAUUCAGUUAUUGAUGGUGCAAAGGUCGUUGAUACGGCCAUCAAGGCAUUCGGACGUGUUGACAUUUUGAUUAACAAUGCGGGCAUAUUACGUGAUCGCAGCAUUAUUAAGACGACAGAGCAGGAUUGGAACCUGGUGCUCGAUGUGCAUCUCAAGGGCAGCUUCAAAUGCACACAGGCCGCCUUUCCGCACAUGAAGGCCCAGAACUAUGGACGCAUCAUCAUGACGGCGUCUAACUCGGGCAUUUACGGAAACUUUGGCCAGGCCAACUACUCGGCGGCCAAGAUGGGCCUGGUUGGACUGGCCAACACGGUAGCCAUUGAGGGCCAGAAGAACAACAUUCAUUGCAACGUUAUCAUUCCAACAGCAGCCAGUCGCAUGACUGAAGGCAUCUUGCCCGACAUACUCUUCCAGGAGCUGAAGCCCAGUCUAAUUGCGCCCGUCGUUGUCUAUCUGUGCCACGAGUCCUGCGAGGAUAAUGGCAGUUACAUUGAAAGCGCUGCCGGCUGGGCGACCAAGGUGCAUACGGUGCGUGGCAAGGGAGCUGUGGUGCGACCAUCAAUAGAUGAGCCCUCAACGCUUGAGUACGUGCAGAGUGCAUGGAAUAAGGUGACAGACAUGUCGCAAGCGACGCACAUCAAUUCCAUUUCCGAAGCCUCGGGUUCCCUGCUGCAGGUGCUGGAGAACCUGAAGGCCGGCGAUAAAGAUGCCAUCGAGGAUAGCUUCUCAUUCGGCAACAAAGAGCUGAUCCUCUACGCCCUGGGCAUUGGCGCCUCAACCAAAAACCCCAAGGACAUUCGCUUCUUGUAUGAGAACGAUGGUGACUUUUCCCCGAUCCCAUCAUUCUUCGUGCUGCCUGGCCUGCUGCUAACCAUGAGCAGUCCCCUGGUGUCCACGGCGCUGCCCAAUAGCAACGCCGAUCUGUCCAACAUUCUGCACGGUGAGCAGUAUUUGGAAAUUGUUGACGACUUGCCCACCAGUGGCACAUUGGUCACCAAGGGCAAGGUGUUCGAUGUGAUGGACAAGGGCUCCGGCGCCGUGGUCGUCACCAGCUGUGAGUCGUUCGAUGAGAACGGUCGCCUUCUGGUGAAGAAUCAAAGCGCCAUCUUUGUGGUUGGCGCCGGCAAGUUUGGCGGCAAAAAGGAUCCCAUUGCCGGUGUUGUGCCCCUGGCGGCUGCCCCCAAACGGGCACCCGACGCCACCAUAGAGUACAAGACCAGCGAAGAUCAAGCUGCCCUGUAUCGACUCUCCGGUGAUCUGAACCCAUUGCACAUUGAUUCGAACUUUGCACGUCUAUCCGGCUUCAAGACACCCAUUCUACACGGACUUUGCUCUCUGGGCUACUCGGUGCGUGCGGUGCUCAGCAAAUACGCCGAUAACAACAGUGAGCUCUUCAAGGCGGUGAAAGUGCGCUUCUCCGGCCCCGUGCUGCCGGGACAAACCCUAAGGAUCGAGAUGUGGAAGGAGGGGGCACGCAUCCACCUGCGCACUUUAGUCGUGGAGACGGGCAAGGAGGUUAUUUCGGGCGCCUAUGUCGACCUGAAGAGCUCAAACGCCAAACUGUAAAUUCAGAUUUAAGGCUGGCUGAAGCGAGGCAAUUAUCACUUAUAUAUACAUACAAACAUGUAUAUAUAAAUACAUAUAUAUAAUAUUACAACAUAACCAGGCGGUGGUAUAAAAAUAUUGCAAUCAACACAUUUAUAACUCAGCUAAAUGUAAUUGUUCUUUUGCCUAAUUUUAAUACAAAAAUAAAAU